GCUGAAAUAGUAGCGCCACAUAGUGGUGAGAUAGCAGAAUUAAUCAUUUCACAUUACAUUAGGUCGAAGAAUUUUUAAUUUCUCGCAAGCCACGCUCGAAAUUUGGAUCAAAUUUAUUCGUGAGGAUAAUUAGAAGUAGGGAUACAUAAUUUCGGAUAUAAGUCUUUGUUUAAUCAAUUUUAGUUAUUGUGAUUCGAAGGACUUAAAAUGUUGGAAGAAAUAGCAAGCAGUUGCAUGAUCGGUCUGUGCUCGUUCCUCGAGAUUUUUCAGUUUACUCCGAAAGUUCCGAAUUUAUGGGAUAAAGAAACGUUCAACGUGCAGCCUAUAAAUGACACGAGAAUCAAAAGGUCCGAUGUGCUGCUCGGAUAUUUAAUUAUGUUUUGGGUUGUUUUGUAUUUUAUGUACGAAAAGUGCCUUAAUUCGUUACUUCGACGUAUGCGCAUUCCAUUGAUGCAGAGAAACAGAAUAAUCAAAGCUGUAUGGGAAUGUGGAUUUUGCUUUGGCAGUAUUUGUUAUCUAAAGUCACCAAACAUUAAAAUAUUAAGCUUCUUCACUGGAGGACGGGAGGUGAUACACGAGGAGCUGGGUGUCAUUCUACAUAAAAGCUUUUACUUUCAUCGGGCAGGAAUAGAAAUCCUAUAUCACGGAGCUUGGAUAAAAGGCUGGGUCAAUUUGUUGUUUGUGUCUUUCAUCAUGAACCCAUACCAAGAAAAAUGGUGUACAGUAGUGAGCACUUUUCUAUUCUACAAGGCGAUUGAUACUAUUAUAAUAAAUAUUUGUAGAAUCUUAUUAUGCGCCUCUCACAAUGCUGGAAGAAAGUUGUCCAAAUUAUUUUUUUACCUUCAUUGCCUUAGUUGGAUUUACUUAUAUGUAUUAUUCGUGCCAAAGUUGAUGUUAUGGCCGGAAAAUAUGGAACACACAAAAGCACAGCUUGGCUUGUGGCUGUGGUUCAUAGUAGAGUGCCUAGAUUCUGUAUGGUUCAGAUUUAUAGGAUGUGCGAGAGCUACACAUUGGCUAGAAAUUUGUUUAUUUCCCUCGCCAACACGGGAAGCGAUUGAACUGGCAGGAAUACAAAAACGGCAUAGAGAAUCUUUAAAAAAGUUAGUUAACAAAACAUCAAAAAGGGCUGAACUUUGGCAGACUCUGUUCUGUGCUAUGGCUAUUAAGAAAAAAAUUAAAAAGAUUCGACAAACAAAGGAAAAUGAUUCUAUGUCAGAGGAUAAUUUUAUAGAAGGAAAAUUAAUUGAAACAGAGAGAACAAAAGAGAUAACUGAAGAACAAAAAGAUGAGAUUAUAAAACAAUAUAAUCAAAUUGAAAAUGAAUAAAUUAUUUAGAUGGUUCGCGAAUCAUCAAUUACAAACUCCAUUUAUAAAGUUUAAUGAAAAAUGUUAAAGAAACAAAAGCAUGCACAAAAUCUCUUAACUUUUUAACAUAAAAAUCAAGUUUAUUUAAGAAUUUUAUAGAUAUACACCUAUUUACGUAGAAAAUUCUGUUAUUUAUAUACUUACAAAUUAAGGAUGCGUUUCGCAAAUAACGAUAUCUCUCUUAAGACUUGCGAGAUUAAUUAAAUUUUUUAAUGACGUUAGAAUUGAAUUUUGUUUAUAUUUAUACAAGCACGAGUACUUAAAAAAUU